AUGACCUCCAGUUCUCACUCGCAGCAAUGCCAGUCCUGCCGACCAGAAGGUGAUGCCAACUGCCCUUAUAACACCUGGAUCUCCGCGUCCCAGCCAGAGCCAUUUACCUCCCCAAGCCCUUAUUCUAAUUUCCAAAUACAAAGUCCGGAAAAGCUCCAUCCAAGCAGCACAGCAAUUUCUCCUGCUCCUCCUUCAUCCAUGGAUAUGUUUAUUCAAGAUAUUCCUGACUCUGCCACUAGCCCGACUUCAAAUAACCUUUCCUCUCAGAACAAGCCCAAGAUCCAUCAGGGAAAAGAAGAUCAGAGCCUGGUCAAAAAACCAAAGAUGAGGACAGUGUUCUCUCAGGCUCAACUAAAUGUACUCAACAGUAGAUUCGUGGAGCAAAAGUACCUCAGUCCACAGCAGAUCCGAAAUGUGGCUGAGAAUUUGAACCUUACUUACAAACAGGUUAAGACCUGGUUUCAGAACCAGAGAAUGAAGUCAAAGAGAUGGCAGAAAGACACCAUGUGGUCAAAGAAUGGCAACAGUAUGGGCAUGGUUCAGAAUGGAUCAGCUGUUGGGGACUACAUAAACUUCUACUCUCCAUUGCACCAGGACUAUAUGAUGAACCCUUCUGGAAACCUUCCAGUAUGGGGCAACCAGACUUGGAAUAACCAGUUCCAGAAUGUUGGAGAAGGCGCUUAUCAGCACCAGAUAUUUCAGCACCCCUACCCUGCCAGUGACUUAGGGGCUACCUUUGGAAAUAAUACUAGUGAGGUCUAUUCCAUGAAACCACAGACUACUAUGAGUUUUAAUGCCCCCCACACAGUGGAAUAUCUCCCAAACUACUCCAUGAACAUGCAGCUGACCCACAGCAAGUCAGAAGAGGACUAUGAUUAUCGGCAGGCCAGUGAUGCUCAAACACAAUUCUUAGAUCCCAGUGGGGUACCUGUAUUCCAGUCAUAA